AUGUGGCCCCUGUAUGUGGCCCCUGUAUGUGGCCCCGGUAUGUGGCCCCUGUAUGUGGCCCCUGUAUGUGGCCCCGGUAUGUGGCCCCAGUAUGUGGCCCCUGUAUGUGGCCCCGGUAUGUGGCCCCUGUAUGUGGCCCCAGUAUGUGGCCCCAGUAUGUGGCCCCAGUAUGUGGCCCCGGCUUAUGCAAUGAUGCUGUCUCUGUCGGAGAACAACCCUCUGCACGCGCCCUCUCAGAGCUCACUGGACGCUUGGCUGAGUCUGAGCGGAGGACCGUCCGAGACCAGCGGCUUUCACCCACUCAACCACAUCUGA